AAGACCAACCAUAAAGGGCUUAGGUUGCAUAAGGUGAAAAAAGUUGGAGGGUACGGCUUUCAGUAUAAGGCAUCUAUGAAGGACCAGGAGUGGGUAUAGGUAAGGAACUGGAAAUGGGAAGUGUUGAAGCUGGAGCCCCAGUGGAACCAGAAACAAGACUGGAACAUCAAGAAGAAACUAAUAAAACUGAUACUAAUGUCCUUUAUAGGUCCAACAAUGUGGCUGUCCUGGUCCCAGAGCUCUUGGAAACAGCCCAAAUCAAAGAGAAGGCCUUUGUCCCUGUGAUUGACAACACACUCCGCCUGUCCACAGAGGAGUCUGAGUUCCCACAGCAGAGCAAUGACAUCUCCAGGUCCUCAGCAACCACCGCCCAACCCAAACAGGAAAACACCCCCAAGUCCACUGCAAAAAACAUCCAGUCCAAGCAGGGCAAUAUGCCCAAAUCCACUACAAAAACCACCCAGUCCAAAUAUGGCUAUAUCUCCAAGUCUUUAGCAAAAUACAAUCCAUUCAAGAGGAAUGACACCCAGAAGUCCCCAAAAGAAACUAAACCUGAGAAAGGAAACAUCCUGAAACCUAAAGAAGUAGCCAUCCAGCCCAAGCAAGGUGACAUCCUGAAAUCCUCAACAAAAAAUAUCCAGCCCAAGGAUAGUUAUGUUCCCAAGUCCUUAGAAGAAACCAUUCAGCCCAGGGAGGGUGACAUCAUUGAGUCCUCAGAAGAAACCAGUCAACCCAAGGAGGGUUAUGUCCCUAAGUCCUCAGAAGAAGCCGGUCAGCCCAAGGAGGGUGAUGUUCCUAAGUCCUCAGAAGAAACCGGUCAGCCCAAGGAGGGUGAUGUUCCUAAGUCCUCAGAAGAAACCGGUCAGCCCAAGGAGGGUGAUGUUUCUAAGUCCUCAGAAGAAACCAAUCAGCCCAAAGAUGCACCCAAAUCCUCAGAAGUCACCCAAUCCAAGGAUGGCAACAUCCCAAAGUCCUCAAAAGAAGACAUCCAGCUUGAGGAAGGUGACAUUCUGAAACCUGAAGAAGAAAUGAUGGAGUACCUGGAGGUAGACAUGGUGAAAAUUAUCUUGAGCAAGGAGGACUUCAAGGCAGCGCUUAAGGAGGCUGGGGAGAGGCUAGUGGCUGUGGAAUUCUCAGCCAGCUGGUGUGGGCCUUGCAGGACCAUCCGGCCAUUCUUCCAUUCCCUGUCUCUGGAGCACAAUGACAUGGUGUUCCUGGAAGUAGAUGCUGAUGACUGUGAGGAACUGGUGAAAGACUGUGAUGUCUUCUGUAUCCCAACCUUUCAGUUUUAUAAAAAAGAAAACAAGGUGGGUGAAUUUUGUGGAGCCCAAAGAGAAAAACUCAGAGCAACCAUUGCAGAACUAAAGUAAUCAUAUAUUCUGAAAACAUUGUAAACAGUCAACUAUUUAUUGCUUGGGACUUUUUUCUUUCUGAAAACGUAUCAGGUACAGCAAAAGUAGGUGUUCAAAUAUCAAUGCUUGUAAAUCAUAAAUAUUAACUGCACCCUUUGACAAAAACAGUCAAUGCAUUAAAGCACACCAUGACCAUGCUUUGUUAAGAG